AUGGCGUCCCGAGGCGCUUCCACAUCUGGGCGAGGGCCAAGAAUUAAGAGACAAAAACCUGACCCGCCUGGCUCUACGCUUUGCUCCCUUGAGUCGCUCGAGGCGUUAAGGCAUCGCUUCGGGAUAUCCGAGGCGGUGGAGUUCGUCGUUCCAGAGAAGAGCGACCGAGCCGACAAGCCUCCAGAGAAUCAUUUCACUCUGUACGAGGCGUUCUUCGAGCUUUGCUUCCUCUGGUUCCCGAUCCCCCGAGUGAUCCUCGAAUAUCUCUGGAAACACGGGAUCUCGAUUGGGCAAAUCAUGCCGAGGGGAUUACGGCAUAUGAUUGGCAUCUUAGUUCGAACCUUCGAGUGCGGAGUUGAUAUCGAGCUGAAUCACCUGCUGAACUUGCUGGAAAUCAGGAAAGCUCCGAAGGGAAAUAGAUUCUAUAUUUCUAACAAGGCGAAGCGACGGAUCAUUCGGUGCUUUCUUCCCCCGAUUCCCGACGACCUCUUUACUGUUCGAGACUCUCUUUCGGCGCGGAAGGUUAAUUGGAGAAAGAACUUCACCCUCGAAAAAGUAGAAAAAGCGCGAGCCAUCCUUGCCGGAGUCCCCGUCAGCUCUUCGUCCUCAAGUUCUUUAAGAGAUACCCGGGAUAAGAUGGUGAUAAUUGCUCUCAGAGAAAAGAAGAGGCGCGAGGAAGAGGAGGCUGCUAGACAAGCUGCCGAGGCGGCUCAUGCGCAAACCGAGGCAAUUCCAGCGCAAGCUGAGGCGGUUUCAGCGCAAGCCGAGGCCGUCCCUCAACCCGACCCGCCGAGCCGGGAAGGAGAUGUAAUGGUCCAAGCCGCAGAAGGCGACACUGCCGAGGCGGCUGAGAAAGAUGCAGCGCCCGAGGUGGAACCGGGCAAAAUUAUCCCCGAGGUGUCCGGGGACGGCUCGGCGGCGCGGAGUAAGACUCCUUCGCAAUCCGCCAUCUUGGCCCUCCCGAAGUCGACGAGGCCACCGACUUCGGUUGUUCAGAAGCAUGACUCUAGCCGAAAACGUUUGGCUACUGACAAGGGGAAGGGCGUCGCCGUUCAGAAGGAUGAGCCGUCCAAGAAGAGGCGGAAACCGACGCCCGGGGACCCCACCGCGCGUAAGUUGGUUGUUGACGAUCCUGGUGCUUCUGCCGUCAUCUGA